AUGGCUUAUGCCAUGUUAGCUGGUUUGCCACCUCAGUACGGUUUGUAUUGCUGUUUAGUCCCUUUAUUCACUUACGGUGUCUUGGGUACAUGCGGCCAAGUGACAAUCGGUCCGUGUGCCAUCGUUAGUAUGAUGUGUGGAAGUGCUCUUAGUUUCCUGGAUCCUGAAAAGGAUCUCAAUGAAUACGUUCUUACCAUGAUGACCACUUCCGCCAUUAGCGGUAUCUUUUUACUGACUUUGGGCGUUUUCCGUCUCGGCUUCGUGACAAACAUCCUCUCCGAAACCGUCAUCACCGCCUUCACGACUGGCUCCGCGUUCAACAUUGCCGCGAGCCAGCUCAAGAAUUUCUGGGGCGUUUCAACCAACAAAGACUCCCUUCUCGCUAUCUUCUUCGACAUCUUCAACGCCAAAGCGAUCGCCGCGUACAAUUGGUACGCGUUUUUGGUGGGCAUUGGCUCCAUGCUUCUCCUCUACGCCCUCAAACAGCUCAACUCCCGCGUGUUUCCGCGCGUCCCUCUCCCGAUGGAGUUGUUUCUCAUCAUCGUGAACGUGCUGCUGAUGUGGCUCUUCGACCUGCACGACCGGUGGGGUCUGCACUACAUGGGCGAAUACGAGCUGCACGCCGGCUUCGCGCCGCUGACGAUUCCGAACUGGCAUCAUCUCGCGCGCGUGAUUCCGCAGGGCGUUCUGAUCGGGACCAUCGCGUUCGUGAUCACCAUCUCGAUGGGCAAGACGUUCUCGCGCGAGAAAGGCUACCAGGUCGACGAGAACCAGGAGCUCGUCGCGCUGGGGAGCUGCUCGCUGCUCGGCAGCUUCUUCUCCGCGUAUCCGUCCACCGGCUCGCUGAGUCGGUCGUCGCUGAUCAACAACAUCGGCGCGCAGACGCCCGUGAACGCGAUCAUUUCCGCCUCGGUGGUGCUGUUCACGCUCUACUUCCUCGUCGACUUCAUCCGCUACAUCCCCAACGCCUGUCUCGCCGCCAUCGUCAUCGUCAAUCUCUUCUCUCUCUUCUCUCACGUUCUUUUGUUUCUCUCUCCUCUCACGCUCAGCUUCGCGACAUGA